GCAAAAUAUCAGUCAUGGAGCCAAUAACAGCUGAAGGCGACGAGGAAUCUUUAUCAAACAGCAAUGCGGGUAGUUCUGGUGCCUUCCAGGUUGAAAGAAUACACAUGCACUGGAAGGGCAUACACAAUUUGGAGAAGACGGGGGGAGAAAGUGUUAAUAAUGUUACAUCUAUCAAGUAUUACCUCGUAAAAACGGUUGAAAGAGAUGAAAACUUCAAAGACAUCACUUACUACACUUGUGUUCCAACAACCUGGGUUUCGGAAUGCAUGCAAUUCAUGGUAUACCCACCAGUUGGGACACAUUUUGCCAACGGUAAAAAUCAAGAACCAAAUCAGUGGAGAAGCAAUGUUUUUCAAAGGUUUCGUUACCCAAGGAAUUCUUGGUUUGAGUACGAUAUCGACACACGCCAGAGAAUUCCGCAACAAAUGCCGUGAUGAACAGACAGAUGACAGACCUGCCACAUCAGCAACAGCAACACCGAUGCAAUACAACGAUGGGAUCACAUUGAAACAGUAUAUAGAUAGACUUGAAGCAUUAGUUAACUGUUUUAGUCUUUAAUUUGUUUUGUCGUUGGUAUACUAAGAAGAUUCCAAUGUUAGGUUUUUACAUUGUGACAAUUUUUAUUU